AUGUUUUUAGGUGGUUCUACUGGCGUUGGCAAAAAAAUUGCUUUUGAACUGAUAAAACGUGGAUGUUCAAUAUCUGUUGCUGCUCGAGAGCCCAAAAAACUGGAACAGGCUAGAGAAGAGCUGGACAGUUUUGCUAAAUCAGUUUGUAGAAACGCCAAAGUGCAUGGUUUCGUGCUGGAUGGAACACAUUCUUACGAAUCGACAGAAGCUGUCGUGAAAGAGGCAAUACGGCAUGGAGGAGAUAUCGACAUUCUAAUUAAUCAUGCUGGAACGUCGGUCGAAGGCGAAUUCGAUAAGCUUACCCUUGACCAGUUUGAAAGUCAGAUGAUGAUCAACUAUUUCAGCACAGUUUACUUAACUAAAGCUGUGCUUGGAAGAAUGAAAGAAAGAGGAAGUGGACACAUCGGUUUUGUAGCUUCUAUUGGAUCGCAGAUCCCAUUAUGGGGUUAUACGGCCUAUUGUGCCUCCAAAUGGGCUUUACGGGGUUUUGCUGAAUCAUUGCUGGUGGAGCUGCUGCCGUACAAUAUCGGAGUUUCGAUAACAUACCCGCCAGCUACAAUCAAUGAAGGAUACAAGGUUAAUCUCUGUUAUUUGAAUGCCCAUUUAACAUCCUGCACAAAAACUUAA